CUGCCCUUAACUUAACGAAACAUUUGACUUAACUAAAAAAAUGGAUGAACGUCGUGUUUUUGGCAGCGCAUCGUUCUUUUAUUUCCGCCAUUGCCUGAAACAGUUUGCGAAAUAUGGGUAAACCACGAGGUCUAAGAACCGCCAGGAAGCACGUUAACCACCGUCGGGACCAACGAUGGGCCGAUAAGGACUACAAGAAAGCCCAUCUUGGAACAAGAUGGAAGGCCAAUCCUUUCGGAGGCGCUUCUCACGCCAAAGGCAUUGUGCUUGAAAAGGUAGGAGUUGAAGCUAAGCAGCCUAACUCUGCCAUUAGAAAGUGCGUCAGGGUGCAAUUGAUCAAGAACGGAAAGAAGAUCACCGCAUUCGUACCUCGUGAUGGUAGUUUGAACUACAUUGAAGAGAACGAUGAAGUCUUGGUUGCAGGAUUCGGUCGUAAAGGUCACGCUGUCGGUGAUAUUCCCGGAGUCAGGUUUAAGGUUGUAAAGGUUGCAAACGUUUCCCUGCUGGCCCUGUACAAAGAGAAGAAGGAAAGACCACGAUCUUAAUUUAAUUAUCAAGUGUUAGUUUACUUUUUUACAAAAAACAACAUGAUAACAAUAAAUUGAUGUUAUUAAAAGA